AUGUCGGAUCUGUGCCACAACUGCGGUGACUGCCACCUCGGCGCGCAUGCCAUCAAGUGCAGGAAGGAGCUACGGGAGUGCAUCAUCUGCCGCGCCUUGGGCCACACCUACAACUUCUGCCCGCGCAGCGUACAUCAAUUGGAUGAGAAGUACAGCUACUUUAUGCUCUGUCAUAACUGCGACUCCUGGCACCUCCCGAAGCCAUGCGAGGAGGAGCUGAGGCACUGCGAGCGUUGCCAGCAGUAUGGCCACAUGGUCUUCUUCUGUCCCAUCGAUCCAGAGCCUCGCGCCAGGACAGACGAGCAGGUGGGCGCAAAGCGUCAGCGCAACCAAAACAGUGGUCGCGAUAUGGUUCAGCCUCGCGUCGCUCCAGCCAGCGAGGUCGAACAGGUACACCCACAGCUCUUGCGCGACAUCAAGCUCUAUGCGGUCAAGGAGGCGUUCCACUUGCUCGAGCAGCACAGCGAGACCGAUGUGCUCACAUACUUCGCGCGGCCAGUCCUGCCACCACUCCAGACCAUGACCGGUCCGAUACAACAUACAGCAGCUCCCGCCGCACAUCAGUAUCUUCCAAACAACGAGCUCAAUGCGCCAGGAUCCAGCUCCACAGCUGCUCCUCUCACUGGCAACAGCUUCGAUUACAGUAACUUGCAGCACAUCGACCAGCACGGCCAAGGUUCACCGACUAUGCUGCCAACUCCAGCAUCUGCCACUGAUCCUCCGAUGUCUACCGGCCAAGAGCAGACUGUUGGUGUCUACCAGACCAUGCACGAUAGAUUCGAGCGUGGCGAGCUGGCAAUGGCACAAGAUGUGCAAGAGCCGCGCUCUGAUAGCGCUACCCAGUCGCCCGCACCCGGUUCUGUCGACGCGCAACAAACUCCAGUAAGCAAGAAGAAGGCUACGCCAAAGCCUCGCCGCACCGUGACGCGAUGUGCGCCCUGCAAGAAGAGACACAUGAAAUGCAAACACUUCGAUGAGGAUGGCAACCCCACGGUUCCAGGCGUGCAGCCAGCUGCAUCUGGCAGCGUCAAGAAGAUCCCAAGUGGCAUGGAUCUUGUCUAUGAGCCAAGUGUGGGCCACCUGGUGUCGCGAGAGGAGCAGGACUCCAUCCGCAUUGGAAAUGGCCAGGAGAAGAUGCAGAAUCACAUCGCCGCGACCGAUCAGGCGAUGAUGGGCGAGCUUCCCCAAUUUGAUCAAGUUUAUCGCAGCUACCAAGGCGGCAUCAAUCGGCUUGACUGGCUGAACAAGUCUAAGGAGCAUGCUCAGUCCGCUUUCGUGAUGAACAGCCAGGGACCUUCCAUGAUGCCCGCAGCCGUGGACAACAACCAGCAGUGGACAGCUUCCGGAGUGAUGCUACCAGCGAUCGGCUUGUAUGAUCACCAGAGUGUUCCAGCAGAACAGAUGACCGCAGCAGAUCAACAGCUCGAGCGUAACUUGGCUCAGAUGCUGUCGGAGGAAGCAGGCUUCGGACCAGAGCACUCGAUUCUCCAGCCUGUCGCCUUGAGUGGCAAUGCAGAUGUUGCAUUCAUGGGCGGAAAGUCGCUCAACAUGCCCGAGUCAGAGGCCAAGGUCGUAGCACAAGCCGAUGGUGGCGGAACUGACGUGGCCGAUGCCUCUGUUGCGGAUCUUGUCGAGCCGUCGAGUAAGAAGAAGGGUGGAGGUCGCAAGCGCAGCAAGGCGGCUUAG